UGGUUGUUGAUGAUGAACACGACCUGAAGCACGCCAGGUUUGCAGAGAAAGAAGCUCGUGUUACUGAGGAGAACAUGUUGCUUCUGAAGCGCCUAGGAGAAGAAGGGAUCAUCACCAACGAGAGAUUCCUGAGCAGCUUGUGUGAGAUGUCGCGGACGAGCAGGAAGGCAGUGCACGAAGCAAUCAUGAUGAAGCCCAGACACCCUUGUUUCUUGGUCUUCAUGAAGCCGAUCAAUAUAUUUCAAACCAGAGUUUACAUCCCGGCGAAGUUCAUGAAGAAGCACAUGAGCUCGCCGCCGGAGACUAUAAGGAUCAUUCAGCCGCCGCAGUUGGACGGAAUGUCGACGGAAGAGCAGCAGGAACAAGGUGGCGGCUGGACGAUCCACGUGUCGGUGCAAGAUCGCGGCGGGUUGACGUUGACGAAAGGGCUGGUGGAAUUCGUGAGGGAAAGUCGUAUAAGAAUGGGGGACAUCUGCGUUUUCGAGCUCAUUUCGUCGUUCCCAUUUGUGUUCAAAGUUUCAAUAUUGCGUGGUGGAUCUGCUGCUGAGUAAGUAGCUAGUAAGCUCUCUUUCAUUUAUGAACAAUUCACUCUCUAGGAAUGAAUGAAUGGAAGGAUUGAUUGAUUGAUCUCUACUAUUAUGGUCAUACUAGCUAGCUUCUCAGAUCCUGGACAAUGCGGAUUUGAGCUAUUGGGAAGCAUAUUAUAAAGGGUAGGUUGGUCGCAAAUGAUGGAUGGACGGAUUUUGUAAGUAUGUGACUGUUCGGUCGUUAAUUAGGGUU